AUGCUCACUUCUUUGAUCGUUCUCAGUCUCACCCUAUACGGCUUCACCAGUCCUCUCAAGAGAGAUGCUAGUCUUAGCGUCUCUCUGUCUGGACCAGCCUCCAAUAUCACCAGUAUCGACGAUCUCAAGUUCACGGCAACCGUUUCCAACACUGGCUCAGAGUCAGUGAAGAUCUUGAAGUACGGAACAAUUCUGGAUGACAUUCUUCCGACACGCUCUUUCAAUGUCACUAAGGAUGGAGUGGCUGUUCCUUUCACCGGGAUAAAGCUUUCAAUUUCUUUGGAAGACAUUGAUGAUUCUGCAUUUGCAUUCAUAUCUUCUGGGCAGUCAGUUACUGCUGAACAUGAUUUAUCUGCACUCUUUGACUUUGCUUCAGUUGGUGCUGGUGCAUUCACAUUCUCACCUGUUACAUCGUUCCAGAUAAUCAGUCCCAAGACUAGACUCACCUCUGGCAUAAGUCUUGAUCAGUGUGCAGUUGAUAUCUGCACUGAUAAUUCCAAAAAGAGCUUUAUCGACGCAAGGUUGGUACAAGCACGAUUCAUAUCUUGCCUGAAGUCCUCUAAAAUAUGUUUCAGUUAUACCGAAGGGAAAACCCUAGCUUCUAUUGCGUCUGCUUAUAUUUCCGCGAAUGGUAGCAAUUCUCUCUACACCGGUUACUACGGCAUUACUCCGACAGCCGAAGUUCUCACGGUGUUUGAUAGAGUCGCAAAUGAAACAUCAAACACAAGGACAAUGGACUGCACGGAUCCAUUUGGUGUUUGUAGAGGCAGUACUGUCGCCUAUACGGCCAUAGCCACUACGAAUGUGUACUUCUGUGACCGCUUUUUCAGUGAGGUUCCCCAGACCGAUCUUCGGGCUGGAAACACUACUGUGGCAGCCCGAAAUAUUCGAGGUAGUACUGUCCUCCAUGAGCUCACUCAUGCGACCUCCGACACUCUCGACGUCAGCUAUGGAUGUGCUAACGACCAGAGGCUUCUUGCCACCGAACAGGUUGUCAAUGCUGAUAAUUACGAGUGCUUUGCAACUCAAGUUUACUAUGAUACCAAGUGCAACUAG